AUGGGCAGUCUUUCUCAUCAAAAUUUUGUCCCUCCGACGACUCAGAAGGCCAUCGUUGUAAAUGGCAAGGACGAGGUCGUCAUCUGGGACGAGGCACCAUGUCCCAAGAUCCCAGCGGAUCAAGUCAUGGUUCGCGUUGAGGCCGUUGGCCUCAACCCGAGUGAUACCAAGAUGAGGGGAGCCUUUGCGACAAAGUUCGGCAUCCUAGGUGCAGAUUUUGCAGGCACCGUGGUCGCCGUGGGAGAUGAGGUUGACAAUAUCUCGGUUGGCGAUAGGGUCUUUGGUGCCCAGAACGAGAUGUACGGAACCACGCCUGAGCGCGGUGCAUUCUGCGAGUAUGCUGUGACCCGUGGUAAGAUGUGGACAAAGGUUCCAGAGUCUUGGAGCACUGAAGCAGCUGCAUCUCUACCUGUGGGAGUGAGCACCGCCGGAAUCGCCAUGAAGCUGCUUGGCUUGCCUCUGCCCGGUCAAGGAGCUGCGAAGCCUGCCUAUGUAUUGGUCUAUGGGGCCAGUACAGCAACUGCGACAAUUGCCAUGCAAAUGCUGAAACUUUCCGGUCUCGAUCCGAUUGCUAUUUGUUCCCCGAAGAAUUUCGACCUAGCGAAAAGAAACCAGGCAGUAGAAGUUUUCGAUCGCAAUGAUAAAGAGCUGGCGAAAAAGAUUAAAACAUACACGAAAGGGAACUUGAAAUAUGCCUUGGACUGCAUCACGACCGUCGAGUCUACCGCCUUUUGCUACGCUGCUAUCGGACGAGGCGGCGGCAAGUACGUGUCUCUUGACCCUUGGCAACAGCAUGCUGCGACUCGAAAAGUUGUCACCGCGGAUUUUACAGUCGGCCCUCGAAUCUUUGGGGAAGGAUGCACCUGGCCUGAGCCCUACAAGAGCGAUCCGUCGGAAGAACUGCGCGUCUUUGGGGUCUCUGUUUGGGAAACUGUAGAGAAGUUGAUCAACGAAGGAAACUUGCAACAUCAUCCGCUUCGUGUUUUAGAUGGUGGAUUCGAGGCAAUUCUGGCAGGGAUGGAAAUGGUCCGAAACAAGGUACUCUCUGGAGAGAAAGUAGUUGUACGCAUGAAUGCUUGA